UAGAGGGGCGGAGUGGUACGCGUGUGUGCGCAGGAUGUGAGAGCCGCCCAGUCCCUGGAGAGACGGCGGAGCAGAGCAGUGAUGGACCCUCCCUCACUCGCUCCUCACCAGCCGCAGCUGCGACGUGAAGCGGCGGUGUCCAUGGCGGGGAGGCAAGCGGACGGCGGCGGCUCGGUGCCCAACACGACGUGCCUGCAGGGUUUACCGCCGCUGCCCAAGAGCCUGAGCGGCCUGCUCAACUCGAGCGGCGGCUCCUGGCGAGAGGUGGAGCGUGUGUACGCCAAGCGCUGCAUGAUCCAGGAGGACCUGAGCCGGGCCCGCAGUGCGGGCAGCCGCCGCGCCCAGCAGCCCAGCAAGCCGGCCAACCUGGACGCCGCCCUGGCCCUGCUCCGCAAGGAAAUGGUUGGUCUGCGCCAGUUAGAUAUGUCGCUGCUGUGUCAGUUGUGGUCUCUUUAUGAAUCGAUUCAGGAAUAUAAAGGAACAUGCCAAGACCUAUCAGCUGCAGCAAAUUCGGAUUGUUCCUAUGGAUUGGAAAAUGGAUACUUCGAUGAAGAGGAAGAGUACUUCCAGGAAAGUGUGGAAAAUGGGAAAGCUGACAACUUGGAGACAAACCUUGCAGUGCCUAAAACUCUCAAUUCCCGUGACCAGUGGAUGCAGGAUUCUUUUCAUAUUACCAUAUAGAAGCUAUUCUGCAACUCUGACCUUCACACUAUUUCUACAGUAAUACUGUUGUAGUUUUUGAAAUCACUAAGAGUGAAGGUGAAUGUUAUCUGGGAAGAAUUGGUGGAAAGAAAGUAAAGUUUUAGUAACCAGAUUUCAUUAAGCUGAAUUACAAAGCAGUGUCAUUUGUAACAUUGUACACAUGUAAGGAUCUUUUGAUAGGAUUGGUACUUAAAUGUCUUCUAUUUGGAAGAAGCAAUUCGCUUUGAACCAAGUACUAUUUAUUUGUUUUGGUUGAUGCCAUAGCAGGGAUUUAAGUUUUGUGGUUGGGGCCAUGCACGCUAUUUCUAGUUGCUGAAGCACUAGUGUUGGGCUAUUGUCGCUUGGUUCAAUUUUUCAAACUGAAUAAAUGAGUUUGUAGGCAUAAACAAUAUAAAACACUGUGAUUACUAUAUUAAGGGCUGAGAACUUUCCAAAAAAACACCAAAUAAAAUUGCAGUCACAGAAGAAAUUAAAAAAAAAUCCUUCUAAUCGUGUUGUAUCAGACUCUGCCCCAUGUAGAUGCUUUGUGGUGAUGAUAAAAUGGAGUUAAUGUCAGACUGUUCUGCCUUUCCUAUUUGAAGAAAUGUACAGUUCUGGGCUAGGGUAAACUGGAACAUUUUUAAGCGUAAUAUAUUUGGAGUGUAUUUACAUAAACAUGUAGAACUGUAUUAAAUAGAGAAUUUAUCAUGCCGUUUAACUCUGCAUUAAUCCAGAAAAUUUGGUUUUACCUGGUCCAAUCUAAAACACAUAGAAAAAUACCAAUUGCAGUGUGUAAGCUGGAAAGCCGUCAGCAAAAUGUGAACCUGUUGUAAAAGUGCUUUUGGGAGUUGUUUGGAAAGAAUGAUUAACACAAUACAUGAUUACAAAAAUGCAAUUGAUUUAAAAAUAUUUGCUUAACCACUGGUGAGUAAGUUAAAAUAAAUGAUUGGAUUAGCCCUGAGAUGGUGAUAAUAUGAAUGAGUUGAAUAUAGGAUGAACUGAAUUUAUUAAAGUAACAGCAAUAUUUUACCGCAGAAUAAAAGGUAUUUGUGUAAAUUGGGAGAAACCCAAAUCCCAUUACUUAAAUGCAGCACUGUACUUGAAUUGUUGCCAGAAACCAAUCUCUUAAAUCAUUCUGAAUUUUAUCUACUUGAUUUUUAUAAAUUCGUGCUGUUAAGGUACUUUGUUUAUUUUAAAAAUAAAAAUAAUCCAAGGAAUAAAACCCAGCAAGAGCAUACAAAUUUUAUUAAGGAGGUCAAUAGCUUUUAUACCAAAUUAAGUUGUUUUAUUAUACAUGGAAGAUACACAUGCAACUGGGGCUAUUUCAACAUAGAGUGAACUUUCUUAACUGUAUAGAGCUCCAUAUUGAAAAUGCAGUUUCUUUAAUUUCAUGGUUUGCAAAUCUGGUUUUGUAACUGCUCAUUUUGUAUCUUGAGAUUUGGUGUUUGAAACUUAAUUCCGUUUUUUUAAAUAUUUCUAAGUUAUGAAGUUUGGUACAUAGUUAUAAUUACAUGUUUUGUUUAGGACUUUUUAAUAAGAAGAUAGAAAAUCCAAUUCAAUAACUUUUGUAUAGGACUCUUUCUGAAUUUCGGGCUUGGAUUUCAAGUGUGGGCUACCUAUACUAAGUUUUGAGACUGGGUGCUUGUGUCUGGCCUUUUGAGUGGAGCUGGUAUUUUUUGUCUUUGAACAUGGCAAGGGAAUUUAUCAACAAUUGAUAAAUGUUUUUAAAAAAGAUAACACUUGUGCUUUGCAUUUUGCUCUUGCCUCCUAUCCAGUUAACUGGUGUUUUAGUUUGAGUUCUUGCUGCAAUUUAAGACUUCAGCUGUCAUUUUUAUGUUUAAAACAAAACUGCAAAAUCAACGUCUUCCUGUUUACUAUACUGAAUGUGUCCAAUGAAAGCAGGUUUUCUUUUAUGCAAUUGGGACUCAUUAUAAAACAUGCUUCUUGUCCAUUUGCACUUGUAGAUUUCAAAUGUUAGCUCUUAGCUUGUUUGGAGUAGUUGUGGUUAUAUGUAAGACACUAAUUUUUGCAUGCAUUGUAAAGGGCUCUAACUCGAAUUGGCUAAGAAACCUGGGAAGAAAGAACCUUGCAUCAUUGCAUCUGCUAGCAAAAAAAUAUAGGAUCUCUGGAUGCCCAGCCUAUUGUUGAAUGCACACAUUUUAAGUGUAUUUUACAUAUUUGAAAAUUUGACUUUUAUUUUUAAACCUCACUUUUAAGGAUGCAAUGACCAAAUACAGAAACCAUAUUGAAACAUGGAUAUUACCCCUAAAAGAUAAUAAACCUAAAUAGCUGAGA